CUGUUUGUGGAGGUGAAUUUGUUGAUUCUGGAAUGAUCACCAGCCCCAACUAUCCUGCUGAAUAUCCUCCUGGGAAGAAAUGCUCUUGGAAGAUUACAGUAAAAGAAGAGUUCAUUGUGGUUCUCCGAUUUAAAUACUUUAAGGUCCAAAAGCACAGAAACUGUACAUACGAUUACGUAGCAGUCUACGAUGGACCAACAGAGGCAUCACCUUUGCUUGGCAAGCACUGUGGAAAUAGAAAGCCAAAACCAAUCAAGUCAAGUGGUAACACCAUGUACGUUAAAUUUGUCAGUGAUGAGUCUAGGCAGAAGGUUGGUUUCUCCGCUUCUUUUGUUCCAGCUAGUUGUGGAGGUGAAUUCGUUGGUUCUGGAGUGAUCGCCAGCCCUGACUUUCCUGCUGAAUAUCUUCCUGGAAAGAAUUGCUCUUGGAAGAUUACAGUAAAAGAAGGGUUCAUUGUGGUCCUCGAAUUUAGAUUCUUUCAG